CGAGGGCUUCCUGUUAUGCAGCUAUAAGUGCCUCCCUAUACUGCCCCUCUUCCAGGAACGGCCAUGGAUCUCGACACUGUGCGGCUCAGCAUUGACGUUGUAUCUCCGGAAACGCCCAGCUUCAAGUUCGAACAAGAAGAAGCCGAGCUGCUCCCUGGUAAUUCUGAUUUCUCCAACUCAUCGGAGUUGAACCUAGCCAAGGUCAGGCGGAACUCUGACAGAUGGGGGAGGGUUUUGAGCCUACUACUCGCAGUUCUUGCGCUUUUCUUUGGCCUACUUGCGGUGGCCGGAUGGGUCCUCUACUGGCGGGCAUUACCAGGAACACGCCUGGUUGGAGAGAUCAACGGCUUGGUCCCUGAAUUUCCAAUCGUGCCCAUGCUCUUCGAAGAGGAUCCCCUGUCGACGCCGGACCACAAGACAGCCGAGUCGGCCAAUGCUACAUAUGAGUAUUGGGUGUCUUUCAUGCCUAUCGGAAAUGGUUUCAUGUCUGUACCUCACGACGACAAGCACAUUCUGCCACCCCCAAUGGUCGACCAAAGUGGCGAGUUCUAUUCGAUCGCCGUCUUCCACCAGCUUCACUGCCUUCAUAGCAUCAUGAAAAUGUGGAACCAAGUUAACGACGAUCUCGAGCGGGCGAAGCGCGGCCAGCUCCACGACCGCGACGGAGCUGGAGAAGCCCACCAUCCGGAUUUGAAGCGGCAUAUCGACCAUUGCUUUCGUUAUCUGCGACAAUCCCUUGUGUGCUGCGGCGACACGGCAUUGGAGGGACAGAACCCGCGGGCAAAGAUACCAGAUACGGAUGGGACGGGAGCUACGCACCUAUGCAAGGACUUUGAGAAAGUGAGGGCGUGGGCGCAGGAGAGGAGACUGAACGACGGACAUGUGAUCUAGGAGGCUGAAGUUCUGGUUUUGUGUUCGGAACAGGUAAUCUUCGUGGUGAUGCUAUUAUUAUACGUUCUUCUGCAAUGCAGAACAUGCUGUUGCUACUAUUUGCAAGAGAGACAAGUACCUUACCCAUGCCUGCCAUAAGAAGGACGGCCGCAAUCAAAGAUCAUCAGGCAAGGCCGUGCUCUUGUGGACAAUUCCAUGUGCUUCCUCCCAGUGUACCUGCAAGGAGAGCCAAUUCUCGAACUCCUCCGCGCACUGGUCACAACGGC